AUGGGCUGGGAGCUGCUGGAGGACAACAUCAUCACUUUUGUGAAGAACGAGCUGAAGAAGAUCCAGAAGGCUCUGAAUCCAAAUAAGCCCCAGUGCUUGGAGUUUCAGAGGGAGGAUGAUGAGCAGAGGAGCAGCAGAGAGGCAUUUGUGAUGCUCACAGUGGACUUCCUGAGGAGAAUGAAGCAAGAAGAGCUGGCUGACCAACUGCAGAGCACUGCAGUUUGUCAUCCUAACCUUAAAUCUGCUCUGAAGAAGAAGUUCCAGUGUGUGUUUGAGGGCAUCGCUAAAGCAGGAAACCCAACCCUUCUGAAUCAGAUCUACACAGAGCUCUACAUCACAGAGGGCGGGACUGCAGAGGUCAAUGAUGAACAUGAGGUCAGACAGAUUGAAACAGCAUCCAGGAAACCAGACAGACCAGAAACAACAAUCAGACAAGAAGACCUCUUUAAAGCCUCACCUGGAAGAGAUGAACCAAUCAGAACAGUGCUGACAAAGGGAGUGGCUGGCAUUGGGAAAACAGUCUUAACACAGAAAUACACCCUGGACUGGGCUGAAGACAAAGCCAACCAGGACAUCCACUUCAUAUUUCCAUUCACUUUCAGAGAGCUGAAUGUGCUGAAAGAGGAAAAGUUCAGCUUGGUGGAACUUGUUCAUCACUUCUUUACUGAAACCAAAGAAGCAGGAAUCUGCAGCUUUGAAGACUUCCAGGUUGUGUUCAUCUUUGAUGGUCUGGAUGAGUGUCGACUUCCUCUGGACUUCCACAAAACUACAAUCCUAACUGACCCUAGAAAGUCCACCUCAGUGGAUGUACUGCUGAUAAACCUCAUCAGGGGGAAACUGCUUCCCUCUGCUCGUCUCUGGAUAACGACACGACCUGCAGCAGCCAAUCAGAUCCCUCCUGACUGUGUUGGCAUGGUGACAGAGGUCAGAGGGUUCACUGACCCAAAGAAGGAGGAGUACUUCAGGAAGAGAUUCAGAGAUGAGGAGCAGGCCAGCAGGAUCAUCUCCCACAUCAAGACAUCACGAAGUCUCCACAUCAUGUGCCACAUCCCAGUCUUCUGCUGGAUCACUGCUACAGUUCUGGAGGAUGUGCUGGAAACCAGAGAGGACGGGCAGCUGCCCAAGACCCUGACUGAGAUGUACAUCCACUUCCUGGUGGUUCAGGCCAAAGUGAAGAAGGUCAAGUAUGAUGGAGGAGCUGAGACAGAUCCACACUGGAGUCCAGAGAGCAGGAAGAUGAUUGAGUCUCUGGGAAAACUAGCUUUUGAUCAGCUGCAGAAAGGAAACCUGAUCUUCUAUGAAUCAGACCUGACAGAGUGUGGCAUCGAUAUCAGAGCAGCCUCAGUGUACUCAGGAGUGUUCACACAGAUCUUUAAAGAGGAGAGAGGAUUGUACCAGGACAAGGUGUUCUGCUUCAUCCAUCUGAGUGUUCAAGAGUUUCUGGCUGCUCUUCAUGUCCAUCUGACCUUCAUCAACUCUGGACUCAAUCUGCUGGAAGAACAACAAAUAACCUCUAAGAAAUCUAAAUUAUUUAACAAACCAAAACUCCAAUCUCUCCACCAGAGUGCUGUGAACAAGGCCUUACAGAGUCCAAAUGGCCACCUGGACUUGUUCCUCCGCUUCCUCCUGGGUCUUUCACUGGAGACCAAUCAGAAUCUCCUACGAGGUCUUCUGACACAGACAGGAAGUAGCUCACAGACCAAUCAGGAAACAGUCCAGUACAUCAAGGAGAAACUCAGUGAUAAUCUGUCUGCAGAGAAAAGCAUCAAUCUGUUCCACUGUCUGAAUGAACUGAAUGAUCGUUCUCUAGUGGAGGAGAUCCAACAGUCCCUGAGAUCAUCACGUCUCUCCACAGAUGAACUGUCUCCUGCUCAGUGGUCAGCUCUAGUCUUCAUCUUACUGUCAUCAGAAAAAGAUCUGGAUGUGUUUGACCUGAAGAAAUACUCUGCUUCAGAGGAGGCUCUUCUGAGGCUGCUGCCAGUGGUCAAAGCCUCCAACAAAGCUCUGUAA